AUGCCCUCGUCCGUUGCAAUCGUGACUGGCGGCGCCGGCGAUAUUGGCCUGGCCAUCGCCCGCAGGCUUAGCGACUCCCACGACAAGGUGGUGAUCCUCGACAUCGACAGCAGCAGACUCGACGCAGCCCUGGCGGCCCUCAACGACAGUGACAAGUUCGACCGAUGUCUCUGCGACAUCACCGACAGCAAGCAAGUAGCAGAACUGCCUCGCCGCAUCCUGGGCCAAAGAGGCGAACAAAAUGAUGCGGUGGUGCACACGCUGGUCAACAACGCCGGCGGUUCAGCAGCCUACAGCCUCCACGAGACGACGCCCACAGCCUGGCAGCGAGAGACCGCACUCAACCUCGAUGCAGCGUUCUUCUGCUUCAGCGCCUUUCAGGACGACCUCAAACGCUCGCGGGGAUCCGUCAUCAACAUCGUCUCCGUCAACGGUCUCGCCGUCUACGGAAACCCAGCCUACAGCGCCGCAAAGGCUGGCCUCAUCCACCUCACAAAGUCCAUAGCCGUGGAGUAUGGCAGAUACGGAAUCCGGGCCAACGCAGUAGCCCCAGGGACGGUCCGGACGGCGGCAUGGACGGCCAGACAGGAGGCUAACCCACACGUCUUCCAAGAUGUCGCUCAGUGGUACCCGCUCAACCGUAUCGUCGAACCGGAGGACGUGGCGAAUGCGGUGGCUUUCCUGGCCAGCGAGCAGGCCGCUGCUAUUACGGGGAUCUGUCUACCUGUCGACUGCGGUCUUACCGCGGGCCAGACGGCCGUUGCUCGAACUAUAACGCAGUCGGAGCAUUACUAG